AUGGCUGUCAACGCAUCCGUCGCGUUUGAUCUGCCUCCUCUCCCAACUUACAUCUUGACAAAGCGGGACGAUCUCCUCGCCCCUCUUCCCGAUAACAUCCUAUCGCUUCUUUUGCCUAUCAUCGCAUACUGGGGCAUGUCCAUGAUCUACCACUAUCUGGAUGUCAAUGAAUACUUCGUCGAGUACCGGCUCCACACUCCCGCGGAAGUUUUAAAGCGAAACAAAGUGAGCCGAUGGGAAGUCAUCCGCGAUGUCGUUCUCCAACAGGUGAUUCAGACUGUUGCUGGUUUGGCCUUUCUGUAUUUUGAUGCCGAAGAAACUGUUGGACGAGAGGAAUACGAUGUGGCCGUCUGGGCCCAGCGAUUGCGGAUCGCCCAAAAAUCGGUUCCGUCAUUAUUGGCGCUUGCUGGAGUUGAUGCUAUGAGCCUUGCGAAAUCUGUCUCUCAGAAUGGCCACACGAUGUUGGCCGGAGCUCUAGCCGGAGGAUCAUACCCAGGAGUCACCAAGUCUCUGGUUCUCGACACUGGGGCUGAGGUUGUGGUGCCCGCUUUCACUAGCUGGGAAUCCGCCGCUGCUGGCUUCAUCUACUGGUACUUUGUCCCGGCUCUACAAUUCAUGCUUGCGGUGUCUAUUGUGGAUACCUGGCAAUACUUUUUGCACCGAGCUAUGCAUCUGAACCGGUGGCUCUAUGUGACAUUCCAUUCCCGCCAUCAUCGUCUCUAUGUUCCUUAUGCCUUUGGUGCCCUCUACAACCAUCCCUUUGAGGGAUUCCUCUUGGAUACCGCUGGCACUGGAAUUGGAUUUUUGGUAUCCGGCAUGACCACCCGCCAGGCCAUGUGGUUCUUCACAAUUUCGACUAUUAAGACCGUUGACGACCACUGUGGUUACGCCUUCCCUUGGGAUCCAUUGCAGCAUUUCACUUCCAAUAAUGCCGCCUACCACGACAUUCACCACCAAAGCUGGGGUAUCAAGACGAACUUCUCCCAACCCUUCUUCAUUUUCUGGGAUCGCCUGCUCGGCACCCAGUGGAAUGGUGAGGUCAAGCUGCGUUAUGAGCGCGCCCGUGACAACGCACAAAAGCAAGUCGACAUGGAUGCUAUUAAGGCACCCGAAGUGGCCCCUGAAGUGGCCCCUGCUGUGACUGUGACCGAGAAACGUGAGCGUGAGCAAGUGGUGAUAUCGACCGAAGGACCAGCUACGCGCACGCGGCUGCGUCGAAAGACAGUCGAUAGUCUCAAGGGCCCCAGUCACGGUGUUCCCGGAAGUGUCCUCCACAAUUGA